UUGAACUUGCAGAGGAAAUUCUAGUCAGCAUUGCAAAACCACGUGAAAGCUUUCAGUUUACAAUUUUAAACAGCUGAUCAACAAUAGAAAAGUAAAUAUUGCAACGUGUAUAUGCAAUGGCAUGUCUCUUUCUAUAGGAAGGCAAUUGUACUUAAGUACAGGUUUAUUUAUCAACAGAUUGACAGUAUUAGCCAUUCGGCGGAACAUGGCAUCGUCUGUUAUUACUGUGCAGUCUGCCCCAGAAACCAAUAAGAUGACAGUGGAGUUUAACUAUUCCCACAAAGGUGCAAAUUCCAAACAAUUCCGUAUGGAGAGAUUGAAGGAGGAAGAAAUUGGUCAGACUUUAUCACGAUUGAAAAACUCGAUAGCGUCUAAAUUUUUGAAAAGAAAGAGAAAGAAAAACGAAGCAGAACAAGAAGAAGAAGAGGUUCAGUUAAAGUUCAGAGUAAAUGGUGUAGAGGUUGACACAGAGAGCAAAAUGUGUGUAUCUGAUGUUUUGAAACAUGGGUCAGAAGUAUGUAUCAAUGAACAGAAGUAUCAGGUAUCUGUCAAUCCCCCCACAGCGGUCAAAAUUGACCUUCCUAAAAGUAUCAUGUCAGGAUUUCCCGUGUUCCCAAAGGUCCAACUGUUGUUUGCAAACUCCACGGACUGUGAAUACCGCUGGAAUAGGGUUCACAAAAAUCACCAUAAUAUUAGCCUCUCGGAGCAAAAAGAGGCUACAAAACUUUUAUCAAACGAACUAAUGUAUGCACCAACCAAUAAUGACAUUGACUUCAAGUUAGAGUUCACCUGUGUUCCUAAAUGUGGGGACAGGUCUGGAGUACCAGUGUCGGUGAUCAGUAAAGUUGAGGUGGAAGCUGGACCAGGGAUAUGUCCAUUUGAAACAAGACACAUGUACACUGCAGAUCCGACAGAUAGUUCAAGUUUCAGAGUGAUGACCUACAAUAUUUUAGCAGAUGUAUUUGCUGACUCUGAAUUCACCAGAACAGAACUGUACCCUUACUGUGCUCCAUAUGCAUUGUCCAUAGAUUACAGAAAACAGCUGCUGAUGAAGGAAAUUCUUGGGUACAAUGCUGAUAUCAUUUGCCUACAAGAAGUUGAUGAGAAGGUGUUUACGAAAUUCUUGCUGCCAGCCCUUGAAUUGAAUGGUUUCUCUGGAGUGUACAAGAUGAAGUCAGGAAAAGUAAAGGAAGGAGAGGCUCUGUUUUACAGGACAUCCAAGUUUAAGAUGAUCAGUGAACACAACAUUGACUUAACAGACACUCUGGAGGAGGAUGGCUGUAGGGAUAUCAAGGAGAAAGUGGUCAAAUAUCAGGACGUCUACGAGUUUUACAAAAAAAGAAAGAAUAUCCUACAAGUAUGUGUGCUGGAAUCCCUGGCUGACCCCCAGAAGAAGCUGUGUGUGGCCAACACUCACCUGUUCUUCCACAGGGACUACAGCUACAUCCGGGUUCUUCAGGGGGUGGUCAGCAUGAGACACCUAGAGAUGGUGAUGAACAGUUACAAGGAAAAGGGAGACAGCAUUUCCUUGGUCUUCUGUGGGGAUUUCAAUGCAAGCCCUGAGAGUGCUCUACAUGGAUUCAUGACCAAAAGUCAAAUUAUUCCAGGGGAAUACAAACUCAGAAUCAAAGACACUGGAGAAGAAGUGACCAGCUUUGAUUUCACUCAUGGUUUUAAUCUGUCCAGUGCCUGUGGUUAUCCCGAGUACACAAACUAUGUGGGGGCAUUCCAGGGACACCUGGACUAUGUGUUUGUGGACCAGACCCUAGAGGUAGUCAGUGUGGUUCCCGCCCCGGACCAUGAACUGGUGACCCAGCAUAGAGCUCUGCCAAGUGUUGUGUUCCCCUCAGACCAUAUAGCUCAGAUUUGUGUAAUGAAGUGGAAGUAAACGAGGACAAAAAUUUCUAUUUCAUUAAUUAAUUAAUUCUUAAAGCCUGAUCUUUCAUUUUAUAGGAUAUAAAAAUAUUUUGAAACAUUUCCCAACUCUUUGAUGUUUAUUUUUGCCGUUAGUCAACACUGCAAAAAUUAUUUAACUAAACUCUCUCCCUGGGUAAAGGGAAAAAAAACAAGCAGAAUAUUUAUACAGAGAAAAUUUUAUUAAAAAUUGUGAAAAAAUGACUUCAAAUACUAAUAAUAGAUACAUGUAGAACAUCUCGUGACAAGUAUUGCACUAUGCAUGUACAUGGAUUGAAAUUCAUCAAAGCUAAUGGUUAAUAGUGGUCUAUAAGUAUAUUUUAACCGUGCCACUGCAAUAUGAAGGUGUAAAAAUAUCUCCAAAAUUACAAGUUAAAGUGAUGACAGAAAUUUUAAUACAGGUUAUCGUGUAAGAAUGCUUGGUAGUCGUGGUCAUUUUAUAGAUUUUUAGGCAGAUCUGAUGGAUCAUUUGCUGACCGUCUAGCGUCGUUAAAACAGUGUUUAGGGAUCAAAAGAAACAUACCCAAACCAAAAGUAACUAAACCUUUUGUUAUAGUAGCAAGUUAAUACAAUCAAAAUGUUGUUACCAAUCAAAAUGAAGUCUUAAUUGCUACAUGUAUUAAAUCAUAAUAUAAAAUGUUUUAAUUUAUCACAAAGACAAUAUGGUUGCUGUUUUUUUUCUUCACAACCAGCUCCUUCUUCAGGUCUCGAUUAGUUACCAAUCAAAACUGAGUGUAACAGUCUUAAGUGAUCAACUGUAACAUGUUACAUAGACAUGUGACCAAUCAAAGUCAAAUGAGUUGAGGUCAUAAGUGACCAUUCAAGGCCAAGUGUAAUAUAAAGUCAUAAAUGUCUAGCCGACUUUAUCCACGUUUGUCUCACUUGCUGAUGAAUGCUUGAAUACACAGUUUAAAACACAGAAAUUUUAGUAAAAAAGUAGACAUUUACUGAAUCAAAAUAGAUUAUAUCAUCCACAAAAUACAUAGACUU